AAUACCACCAGAUGGCGGCUUAGGAUUGCUGCUCUACUGAAAGGCGCGGUUCUGCUCGCGGUCCAAUUUCCAAUUAAAAACCUUUGCCGUUUUAAAAAAAAUAUUUUCUAAUUUUUCAACUGGAGAUAGUUAAACGCUACAGUAAUGGACGGGAAAGGUUAUUGUGGGAUAUGCCUAUCUUGAAGACGUUGGUGUGCACAAGACGGUUUUUUUUUAGAGUCUUACAAGAAGUUAAUAAAGAUAAUACAUAAUUAAGCACUUGUGAGAAGACAUUCUUAAAAGACAUUUUUAAAAGUUUCUGAAGUGAAAAGCUGCUAAGAAAAAAAUGAUUACUUCAGAGCUACCAGUUUUACAGGACUCGACGAAUGAGUCCGGGCAGGCGGAAGCGGUUGCUGUCAGUGUGAGUGAGCUGGAGGACACCAGCGAGGUCAAGGGCAAGAGGAAGAGAGGGCGCCCUGGAAGGCCUCCGUCUGCCAACAAAAAGCCUCGGAAGUCACCUGCUGAAAAGAACCAGUUGGCAGGAUCCAGAGGAGGGAGAAAAGCCAACGGUGUCUCCCAGCAGAAUGGGGAUGGAGAGCCUGUCACCCUGUUUGAGGUGGUGAAGAUGGGCAAGAGUGCCAUGCAGGCUGUAGUUGAUGACUGGAUUGAGUCCUAUAAACAGGACCGAGACAUAGCACUUCUGGACCUGAUCAAUUUCUUUAUCCAGUGCUCUGGAUGUAAAGGCACUGUAAGAAUUGAGAUGUUCCGAAACAUGCAGAAUGCAGAGAUUAUCAGAAAAAUGACAGAAGAAUUUGACGAGGACAGUGGUGAUUACCCACUCACUAUGCCAGGGCCUCAGUGGAAGAAAUUCAGAUCAAAUUUUUGUGAAUUUAUUGGGGUGCUAAUUCGACAGUGUCAGUACAGUAUCAUUUAUGACGAGUAUAUGAUGGACACUGUUAUUUCCCUACUUACUGGGCUCUCUGACUCCCAGGUCAGAGCCUUUAGGCAUACCAGUACUCUGGCAGCUAUGAAGCUUAUGACUGCCCUUGUCAACGUGGCCUUGAAUCUGAGUAUCCACCAGGAUAACACACAGAGGCAAUACGAGGCAGAGAGAAACAAAAUUGUAGGAAAGCGAGCAAAUGAGAAAUUGGAGUUGCUUUUAGAAAAGCGUAAAGAGCUUCAAGAAAAUCAGGAUGAGAUCGAAAAUAUGAUGAACUCUAUUUUCAAGGGUAUUUUUGUUCACAGAUAUAGGGAUGCAAUUGCUGAAAUCAGAGCUAUUUGUAUAGAGGAAAUUGGUGUUUGGAUGAAGAUGUACAGUGAUGCCUUCCUUAAUGAUAGUUAUCUCAAAUAUGUUGGUUGGACUCUGCAUGACCGGCAAGGUGAAGUCAGGUUGAAAUGUUUGAAAGCUCUGCAAAAUCUCUACACCAACAGGGAGCUCUUUCCAAAACUGGAACUUUUCACAAACAGGUUUAAGGAUCGAAUUGUGUCCAUGACCCUUGAUAAAGAGUAUGAUGUAGCUGUGGAAGCCAUUCGAUUGGUGACUUUAGUAUUACAAGGGAGUGAGGAUGCCCUCUCCAAUGAAGACUGUGAGAAUGUGUACCAUCUGGUGUACUCGGCCCAUCGCCCUGUGGCAGUAGCAGCGGGAGAGUUCCUGCAUAGGAAGUUGUUCAGCCGACAUGACCCCCAAGCAGAGGAGGCCUUGGCCAAGAGAAGAGGGAGAAAUAGCCCUAAUGGAAAUCUCAUUCGAAUGCUUGUACUGUUCUUCUUAGAAAGUGAGCUACAUGAGCAUGCAGCCUAUUUGGUGGAUAGCUUAUGGGAAAGCUCACAGGAACUGCUAAAGGACUGGGAGUGCAUGACUGAAUUACUGGUGGAGGAGGCUGUUCAAGGAGAGGAAGUAUUGUCAGACAGACAAGAAACUGCACUGAUAGAGCUGAUGAUGUGCACCAUUCGGCAGGCAGCAGAGGCUCACCCUCCAGUUGGCAGAGGAACUGGAAAGAGAGUACUGACUGCCAAAGAAAGGAAAAUGCAGAUUGAUGACAAAAAUAAGCUAACGGAACACUUCAUUAUGGCACUUCCAAUGUUGCUUUCCAAGUAUCAAGCUGACUCUGAGAAGGUGGCAAACCUAUUGCAAAUCCCUCAAUAUUUCGACCUAGACAUCUAUAGUGCAGGGAGGAUGGAAAAGCACCUAGAUGCCCUGCUAAAACAGAUCAAGUUUGUGGUGGAAAAGCAAACAGAGAUAGAUGUGUUGGAAGCCUGCAGUAAAACAUAUAGCAUUCUGUGUAGUGAGGAAUACACCAUCAUGAACAGAGUGGACAUUGCCCGCAGUCAGCUCAUAGAUGAGCUGGUGGACAGGUUCAAUCAUUCAGUGGAGGAACUACUGCAAGAGGGUGAAGAAGCAGAUGAUGAUGACAUUUAUAAUGUACUUUCAACUUUGAAGCGACUAACAGCAUUCCAUAAUGCACAUGAUCUUACCAAGUGGGAUAUGUUUGGAAAUUGCUACAGGUUGCUGAAGGCAGGUAUCGAACAGGGGUCAAUGCCAGAGCAAAUUGCAGUACAGGCCCUGCAGUGUUCUCACUACUCUAUUCUCUGGCAGCUGGUCACGAUUACAGAAGGAUCCCCAUCCAAGGAUGAUCUAAGUGCACUAAGAAAAGUCGUCAAGUCUUUCCUUGCUGUUUGUCAGCAAUGCUUAUCGAAUGUCAACACUCCAGUUAAAGAACAGGCCUUUAUGCUCCUCUGUGAUCUUCUGAUGAUCUUCAGUCACCAAUUGACAUCAGGAAGCAGGGAGGGGCUGCAGCCGCUAGUGUUCAAUCCAGAUAAUCCGCUGCAGAAUGAACUCCUGAGCUUUGUGAUGGAUCACGUCUUCAUUGAUCAAGAUGACGAGAACCAAAGCAUAGAGGGGGAUGAAGAAGAUGAAGCUAAUAAGAUAGAAGCCCUACACAAGAGGAGAAACCUCCUUGCCGCGUUCAGUAAACUCAUCAUCUACGAUAUUGUUGACAUGCAUGCUGCUGCUGACAUCUUCAAACACUAUAUGAAGUACUACAAUGAUUAUGGAGAUAUCAUCAAGGAAACGCUAAGUAAAACGAGGCAAACGGACAAGAUCCAGUGUGCCAAAACUCUCAUUCUCAGCUUGCAACAGCUCUUUAAUGAGCUUAUUCAGGAACAAGGCCCUAAUCUGGACAGAACCUCCUCUCAUGUCAGUGGAAUUAAGGAGCUGGCUCGAAGAUUUGCACUUACCUUUGGUCUAGAUCAGAUCAAAACGAGAGAAGCUGUUGCAACCCUGCACAAGGAUGGUAUAGAGUUUGCCUUCAAAUAUCAAAACCAGAAAGGACCAGAAUUUCCUCCUCCGAAUCUUGCUUUCCUUGAAGUUCUCAGUGAGUUCUCUUCAAAACUCCUUCGUCAAGACAAGAAAACAGUACACUGUUAUCUGGAGAAGUUCAUGUCAGAGCAGAUGAUGGAGCGGCGAGAGGAUGUGUGGCUGCCCCUCAUCUCCUACAGGAACUCUCUUCUAACUGGUGGCGACGAGGACAGGUUAUCUGUCACCAGCGGAAGCAGCAGCAGCAAAGCCACGUCGGUACGGAGUAAAAAAGGACGACCUCCACUUCACAAGAAACGGAUAGAGGAGGAAAGUGUGGAAAGCUCCUGGAUCAUGAGAGACACUCUCCAGACCCCUGGAGCCCUGCAGACACCACAGCUCACCUCCACAGUUCUCCGGGAAAAUCCCCGGCAAGCAGCUGAACAUAUACCAGACCAAGACUCUGAGCCAGGCUCUGAAACAGACUAUGUACACAAUCAACAAAUGCAGAUGUCCUGGUUAGGUCAGCAGAAACUGGAGGAUGUAAACCGGAAAGACAGAACAGGCAUGAAUUACAUGAAAGCAAGAAGUGGUGGUGUCCGGCAAACUGUUCGAGGCCUCAUGGAGGAUGAUGCAGAGCCGAUCUUCGAAGAUGUGAUGAUGUCAUCACGUGGCCAGCUGGAGGACAUGAAUGAAGAGUUUGAAGACACCAUGGUCAUUGAUCUGCCUCCUUCAAGGAACAGACGGGAGAGGGCUGAAUUAAGACCAGAUUUCUUUGACUCCGCAGCUAUCAUAGAAGAUGAUUCAGGUUUUGGGAUGCCCAUGUUCUGAAAGGAAAAUUGUAAGACAAAGAGCUGAAAUGUAUAUGGAGCAAGGGGCCUUUAUACUGUGAUUGCUUGUUAUAUAACAUUCUAGAAUUGAUCUACUUUAUUUUGACAAAAAAAAAGAAAAGCUGAAAAAAAGUCAAGCCAGAAGACCAUGGAAGAACUAUCAAAAGAAUUGUCACCCUUGUAGUAUAUAGCAGUUGUAUUUUUCAAGGAUUAAUGGCUUUCUUAAAUUGUCAACAAGUGCAGGUAAUACUGGUGCUGGAGUGAUUUUUGGGGGGUAACCACAAAACACAUUGCAGAAGUUUUUAAAAUAUUAAAUAUAUAAUAAAUACAUACUGUACAUUUAAACAAACAAAAAACAUACAUUUUGUUUGCUAAUGUUUUUAAACACAUGACUGUCAAGUUAGAUAGCAAUGCUGCAAUACUAGAUUAGAAACAAAUGUUUUUAAAAUCGCACUGGAUUUGGUUAGCAUUGUGGUACGCUUUAAUUAUCCCCGAGUUAGAAACAAUCACUUUGUUUCUCCAUCUUUUUUACAAAUGUAAAUGUUUGGUAAUUGUUACUGACAACAACAUUUGGUCAUUAUCAUUCUAUGGUCUUUUAAAAUUAUUCAGUCAGUUUUGUUUUCAUGUUGCCUUAUUUUUGUAUGCAUAUACAGGUUUAUAAAUAUAUUUUAAGACUGUCCAUUAUUUAUCCAAAAACACUGGGUUCAGUAAGUUUGUGGACUAAAAUGAUGGUUCAUUCAUGGGAAGACUUAAGAAUAAAAUGUAAUUUUGUGUAAUUACCACACUAAUACGUGUCUUAACUCAGUAGUAUAAUUUUGUCUGGCAAGUGCUUGGUGUCCACAGGAUUGAUUUUUAAGUAGUUUUCUUUAAGGGAAACACUGCAAUUGAUCUUCCACACACAUACAUUCUCAAUUUAGAAACUAUCUUCUUAUAAAUGUUGUUUAUUAUCCAGAUUGUAUCUGAAAACAAGUUUUAAAAUGAAGGCUCAAGUUUUAAAAUCUAUCAGUUUCUAGCAGCAAGGUUGUUUUAAAACAAGUACAAAGAAAAUAUCUUAACAUUUUUAACAUGUACAGAUAAUAUAACGGUAGCUCUUAAAGUAUUUUCCAGAAAAUCACACUGAUCAUUUAACCAGGGUUUUUAAACAAAUAACACAAACAAAUAUUUUGAAUUUAGUAGGUUUAGUAUGAAGUUUUGAAGCAAGUAUAAUUGUCAAAUGUUUGUACAGUUCUAUUUGAACAGAUUUGUUGCCAAAUUGUGGAUGGCAUGGUAACCCACCCACCAGGGGGCAGAGUGAAUCCAACUUCAAGGCUGCUACAGCAGGUAAAUUAGUGUACAUACAAAAGACCUAGUCAGAGAGAGAGGUUGGUUUAACAUGUCGUCAUUGUAGUUCUGUGGGCAUAGACGCAUAAUAGAUGCUGCAUGGUUUGAGUCCCAAUUGCAACAAACCUUGUCCUUCAGUCAUCUAUAUCGAAAUGGAAUUCUAACUUAAAACAGCAUUGCAGAAAAAUGUAUAAUUUAAGGUUUCAUAUCUAGGUACUUCCAUGGUGGAUUUCAAAUUCAGUUCAGAGUCAAUAGGUUUUAUAUUUUGUGUGUCUGAUUGGUUUUGCUAGUAAUCCUGUAAAUUGUACAUUUUCAAUAUUAAAAAAAAAAAAUCUUUGUACAAUUUAAAAGCUGAUGCUUCACCUUUUACUUUAAUAAACUGUUCUAAAACUGUGUGUGUUUUUAGAAUGAGGUUCUAUUGGGUUUCUGCGGUAGUUAAAUACAUCGAUUCACUUGGUUCCAAGGUUAAGAGCCUAUCUAUUUGUACUGUGUUUAAAUAAUAAAAAUAAUAAGAAGCCAUUGAUUGGAUCAUCUCUAGUUAGACCUAAUUAGCACCUCAAUGGAUCCAAUUUGAUUACUGUUUGAAUUACUGAAGAUAAAUUAAAUGUUUGAGUAUUGGCUUGCCUGUUUGAUAAUUAGUAGAUAAUUAAUUAAUUUUUGCUUAUUUGCAUUAAACAUUUUAUUCUAACUUGGCCUUAUGAUAAACUUAACUCCAGAAUAAAGGCUGGUUCACACUGGGCAUACGAGUCAUACAAACACGUCCCCUUGCGUUCAAAUAGUAGACACUGCGAACGAGUUCGUAGAUUUCAACUUAUCAGUGUGAAGUUGGUGACGUCACUUCAACCAAUUGCACAACUUAGUAAAAUCCAAUUUACCUUUUAUUAUUUUAAAUAAAUUAUACUUGUGUAGAUGUAGCGGAAAAUGGCUAAAGAACUAAUAAUUAAGCAUGUACUGUACCAUAAAUAAACAGAUAAUCAUAAUGAAAACUUAACAACUCAGGAAUUUAAACAGGGUUUGAUGUGUGUCUCUCAGCAGCCUACGUACAGUGUUUACGGAAAGCGGGAUGGUUAAAUUGAGCGGGUCAGCUCAACAAAGUCGGAGAGAAUGUCAGUGAUUUUACCAUGAAACUGAAUGGUGGCAUUUGUUGUCAAUCACACAAUUAUUUUUUUGGAUCGGCUAUUUACAAAAAGAGGCGUUGCGGUUAGUGUAUAAGUUAAAUGCGGCUGUGUGCACGACUCUCCGAACCUCCAGAACUUUGUUUUUUUAACUAAACGCAGGUAGAAGAAUCGCUCGGUGUGAACUACAGCCUGCGUCCUUCUGAAUCUUAUGCGCAGUGUGAACCAGCUUUAACAGACUGAAACUCAUACUUGUGUUCGUGCUUCAUUUUCACUGCAAGUUUGAGUUCACUGUAACAGAGGAAGAAAUUAAAGACCAUUUUGUUGUUUUUACCAAAAGUGGU